UCCAAUGUCAUCAUUAAUAAAGGAGGCUGAGAACUUGCGCAAAGGGCUUGUCUCAGACAUGGACAGAUCAAUGUACAAUGACGAAAAGGACCUCUUCAUCAAUAGUCAUGACCCUGAUCACCAACAUAACGAGAGUGAGCCAGAAGCAUGCUUAGAGCUCAAAACUAGGAAUAAAAGAAAAUAGGUCUGCAUCCAGUUCUCGAAGAUAUCGUAAAGCAUCCAAGAAGAACAAGUUUAAAAUCAAGGAUAUAGAUACUGACUUCCAGCUCAAUAGGAAUGACCUGUUUAAUAAUAAUCCUAGCUCAAAUGGUGCUGUCAACCAAACUCUCCAGAUCUUCGCAUCUUCAGGUAUUGGCUCCCCUGCUGCAGGGAGUAUGCACCCAGGAAGUUUCAAAAUUGGCAGAAGUACUAAGAAUAACCUCGCUACAGGAACUAAAAGACCUGUAUCUGCAGUGAUGUCUCACAUGAAUUCACCUAAUUCCUCAAUGGAUUUACCCAUGUUUGACCUCAACAGGAUGAGACCUAGAAUAAUUAAGAAAGAUAAAUAAAAGUCUAUACGACAAUGUCAUGAAACUCAAACUAGCUCAUAACUCUAAAAUGAGUGAAAAUACUAAGCUAAAGACCAACAUUUAUAAACUUGAAGCAGAGAAUAGCCGGAAGGAUAAAAUCCUUGAAGAAAUUCUCCAGACAAGUUCUGGAGCUACCCAGGUCGGUAGAAUCAAGGCAGAGAGUCACCUCAAUAGCGGGAUGAAGAGACAUAUAAAGGAAUUAAAACAAGAGCUAGAGGUCAAGGAGUUAGAAAUUAAGCGGCUGAAGAAGAAUAUUCGGCUUACUCAAUUUCAGGAACUUGAAACUGAAAUACAGACAUAUAUUAAAGAGUGUGAAAGACUCAGAAGACUUGCCAAAGGAGUUAUCUCUUCCAAAGAUCCCUUAUUUGACAAUCAAACAAGACAUGAGCUAGAGCAAAGAUUUCAUGAACAAACUAUGAUUAUGGAACGGCUAAGAGGAGAAAACAGAAAUCUAGAGCAACUCCUUCAUGAGAAAGAAAUGGAAAUUAUUCAUCUCAAAGAUCUUUCUCCAGAUCACAGAGAAAGGUCAAAGAGUAAUAAAUAGAGACCGCUCAGUUAAAGAGAAGAGGAAGUAUGAACGCCAAAUAAAAAGCAAGAAUCAAGAAAUCAAUAAGUUAAAGUAGCGAGAUAUUAUCCCUCAAGAAGAACCUUAAUAACUACAAAACUACCUGAAUGACACCAGAGCAACUCAAGUCUGAACGCGAGAAAGAUCGGCUAAAAAUGAGCGAUGUCUUAAGGCAAAGGACUGCUUUGGAAUCUGAGCUCAAUAAGCUCAAAGCAGAUAAGUUCAGUCAAAAUAGACAGGCAAAUACAACUAGGAAUGAGAUUGAGGAACUCCAACAGCAACUGAAAGAACAGAAAGAUAAGAACGAGAGCCAACAGAAGGAAAUAGAAAGGUUCAAAACCUUAUAUAUCAACGAAAAAUCACUCACUGGUCAUCAUUUUGACUCUAAAGAGGGGAUUGUAACUGAUGCAGCACAAGCAGUAAAGCCAUUUGAUAAUUCAAUGCAGUCCCAAGAGGUCCCUCAAAAUGAUGGUGCUAACACCACAAUACAGAAGCCUGAAGAAGCAAAGGAAGAGAAUAUUCUAAAAAGUAAUAAAAAGGCUCCAAUACAAGGAAUUAUUCCUGUUGCAGUAGGUGGACCAAAGUCUAGUCCAAAACUUGAAGAAUCAAAAUAAGACUCGAGAACCUUUCCAACGGGCGAAGAGCCCAGACCCAGUAGAAGAGCCAAGCAAGGAGAACUCAGUGAGGCUACUUCAAGAAGAGGAGUCUAAGAUGACUCCUAAAGCAAACAAUAAAAUUUUGGAAACUCCAGUACAAAGACGAAGAAAGAACUCCGAUAGUAGUACUAAUGAAUUUAAAGAAGAAAAUGCAAAGAAGGAUGAAAGCACAGAUAGUGAUAUCAACAACCUCGCCUCUAAUUAUGUACGGAACACUAUAAAGCAGCAUGGUGAACGAAGUACUGAAGAGAGGAAGAUCUCCCCAAAGAAGAAGGACAGAUCGAGCCAUCAACCUGAAAUUGAUAUCCAAAUUGAGUCUGUCUCGAAAAAGGAAGAUCAAGCUGAUCCUACGGAAGACGAUGAGAUCGCUGACGAAGAAAUGCAGAACAGAAAACAUAGACUCAGCUCUAAUGUUGAUGGUACCAAAAUGGAUGAAACAAAUAUGAACGAGCUCACUGAUAAUAGAAGUGAUUCUAGUGAGGAUGUAGAACUGGAAGACCCCCGUUCAUCUAACCUUAAUGUCUUUAAAAGUAGAGUUAGCAUUGUAGAUAUCCCACAAUUUGUGAAGAUAGAAUUCAAGCUUAUUCUUCAAAAUAAGAAAAUACCUUAUGAAAAGAUUAAGAAAUUAUUCCCUCCAACCAAAAGGAUUAGUCUUCAGCAACUAAAGGACCAUUUGCUGCAAUUAGGCAGGUUCGAAGAACCCGUCAUCAUCGAGCAAAUAUGUAGAUAUCUAGUAGAAAAUGAUGCUAAUGGAGACAUGAUUGCUUAUAACAAUGAAGCAGACAUGGACAAAAUAGCCAUUGUUUCUAAGUUUAAGAACAAAGUAGUUACUGAAGACUACACUAUUUUUGAUGAAGAUACUCCUAUUAAGAAAGCUCAAAUUGAAGAAAUCAAGGAAGAAAUUUUAAAACUGCUCUCCUCAGAUAUGGAGGCCUUUAAGUCUGCCUUGGAUAUUGAAGAUGUAAAAGAAAAUGGAUGUCUAAGUUAUGAACAGUUUAGAGGAGUCUUACGAAACAUGGAUACCAAAUUUAAGAAGAUCCAUCUCGAAUAUAUGGUCUAUGAGAUGUACAAAGUGAGUCAAAAUUCUCGGAAACUCAACUACAAACAUCUUCUAGACCUCUUAUGAGGCAAUAAAGAGGAAUCUAUGAACCGAUAUGGAGACCUAGAGGAUGACUCUUACUUCUCCCACUCGGUGACUAAAUCUGCUGUACAAAAGAGAAACCUAAAAUCUGAUGAAGAGGCUAAAAAUGUGAACGAAAACACCGAUACUCAAAUCAACGAAGAUAACGAAACUGAAAAUAAUAACCAAGAGCAAGAAGAGAGCGGAAUGAACAAUGCUGACCUUGCAGAAGGAGAAGAGUACAUUAAUGAUGAAGAAAUGAUCAGAAUUUCAGAAUCUUGCCUUAUAAGAAUCUCCAAUGAGCUCAAAAUCCAGAACAUAUCCAUUCAUGAGCUAUUCAAAGAUGAUAUUAUAGUCCAAGAGUAUGAAAACCAGGAGAUUGAAUUACUUACUCCAGAGGGUUUUAUAGAAGGCAUCCAUCAGCUUGGAAUCGAGGAUUUCACAGAACUUGACGUUGCUUGUCUUAUCAACCUCCUUUCAAGACCAGAACUAGAAGAUCUCAUUCUAAUAGAGGAACUUGAAAUCCUAAAAGACACUGAUAAACUUAAAAGUUUAAUUGAUGAAAUGCUUGAGAAAAAUGCUUUCUCUCAAGACCAAACCUCUGAAGGUAGAGAGGAGCAACAGGAGAAUCCUCCAAAUGGUAAGGCUCAGAAAUAAGAAUUUCAACCUUGAUUCAGCAGGAGAUAGAAGUAUUUGUGUUAUAUACCUUCUCAUUGAUUUUCUUAUCAGAAAUGAUUUGAGCACAUAUACUUACUUCGGCAAUAAAAUAUAUCAACAAUUGGUGAAAUCUAAAUCAAAGGAAUCAACUGUUGAGCUUAUUGCUGCUAAAGAUUUCUUUGAUGUUUUACAACAAGAAGUAGUGACAGAAGAGUUCCUUGAAACUAUCGAUGACUCAAAGCCACUUCUAAAAGAAGGUGAUGCUUACCAGACUGUCAAAGAAGACCUGAUGGAUAUUCUCUCAAUUGAUGCAAACUACAAGGAUCUUAUUUUUAUGAAAAAGCUGACUAAAUUCAUCGAAGAGGUAUCUCAGAACGAUAAUCUCAAAGAGCGAGCUCUAAACUACAUCUCAAACACUGAAGAAUCCGCUGAAGAAACCUCUUUGCGUAGUGCUUUGAAUCAAUUUCAAGCUCCCUUAGCUGACAACAGGCGGAACCUUGAAAACGGGGGUUUGAACCCAGCUGCUGAACGGCUGAACACCAUCGAAGAGGAAGAGAAACAAUACGAAACAGUGAGUCAUAUAAACAAGACUCAGGAUCGGAACACUGGUUUGAACACUAGUAAUUUCAAGCCUUCCUCGCCUAGCACUCAGAACUACCAGAACUCUUACUCAAGAGAGGGGAUUGAAGACUUUGGCUAGGCGAAAGCUCUACCUUGACC